ACAUAACAGCUAAUAACGUAGCUAAAUAUUAACAUUAUCCCCAAUCGAGAUAUCUGCUCGUCGUUUCAGCUCCAACUGAACUUAAAGGUGCAUUUCAGACACACAUCUUCGUGGCCAUUCAGGAUGUAGUGUACUCAGACUGUCUAGCUCUAGCUAAUAACACAGCAUAGUAGGCUAUUGGUUGACAGACAGCCGCUAAUCAGAUCACAUCACCGCCAGAUAAUUAACUAAAGAUGCUGAAAAUGGAGGGACUCGGGCCGAAGAUGGACCCGGAAGAGAUGAAGAUGUGGUGUCUUCGGUCAGGAACUUUCUCCUCCAUGUCGCCCUGCUCCGAGUCAAAGCUGGACAGCAUAUGAAUAGAAUCCAUCUUCUCUCACCCUCUCCCCUCAAGACCUACAUCACACAAGAUGCUUCAGAAUAACAACAACAACAAGCUGGUGAAGUUGCUACCCAACAGGAACAACCAUGACAACAACAACAAGCUGGUGAAGUUGCUACCCAACAGGAACAACCAUGACAACAACAACAAGCUGGUGAAGUUGCUACCCAACAGGAACAACCAUGACAACAACAACAAGCUGGUGAAGUUGCUACCCAACAGGAACAACCAUGACAACAACAACAAGCUGGUGAAGUUGCUACCCAACAGGAACAACCAUGACAACAACAACAAGUUGGUGAAGUUGCUACCCAACAGGAACAACCCUGACAACAACAACAACAACAAGCUGGUGAAGUUGCUACCCAACAGGAACAACCAUGACAACAACAACAACAAGCUGGUGAAGUUGCUACCCAACAGGAACAACACUGACAACAACAACAAGCUGGUGAAGUUGCUUCCCAACAGGAACAACCAUGACAACAACAAUAAGCUGAAGUUGCUACCCAACAGGAACAACCCUGACAACAACAACAAGCUGGUGAAGUUGCUACCCAACAGGAACAACCAUGACAACAACAACAAGCUGGUGAAGUUGCUUCCCAACAGGAACAACCAUGACAACAACAACAAGCUGGUGAAGUUGCUACCCAACAGGAACAACCAUGACAACAACAACAACAAGCUGGUGAAGUUGCUACCCAACAGGAACAACCAUGACAACAACAACAAGCUGGUGAAGUUGCUACCCAACAGGAACAACCAUGACAACGACAACAACAAGCUGGUGAAGUUGCUACCCAACAGGAACAACCAUGACAACAACAACAAGCUGAUGAAGUUGCUACCCAACAGGAACAACAAUGACAACAACAACAAGCUGAUGAAGUUGCUACCCAACAGGAACAACCAUGACAACGACAACAACAAGCUGGUGAAGUUUCUGCCCAACAGGAACAACCAUGACAACAACAACAAGCUGGUGAAGUUGCUACCCAACAGGAACAACCAUGACAACAACAACAAGCUGGUGAAGUUGCUACCCAACAGGAACAACCAUGACAACAACAACAAGCUUAUGAAGUUGCUACCCAACAGGAAACCCCAUGACAACAACAACAAGCUGAUGAAGUUGCUACCCAACAGGAACAACCAUGACAACAACAACAAGCUGGUGAAGUUGCUUCCCAACAGGAACAACCAUGACAACAACAACAAGCUGGUGAAGUUGCUACCCAACAGGAAUAACCAUGACAACAACAACAAGCUGAUGAAGUUGCUACCCAACAGGAACAACCCUGACAACAACAACAACAAGCUGGUGAAGUUGCUACCCAACAGGAACAACCAUGACAACAACAACAACAAGCUGGUGAAGUUGCUACCCAACAGGAACAACCAUGACAACAACAACAACAACAACAAGCUGGUGAAGUUGCUACCCAACAGGAACAACCAUGACAACAACAACAAGCUGGUGAAGUUGCUUCCCAACAGGAACAACCAUGACAACAACAAUAAGCUGAAGUUGCUACCCAACAGGAACAACCAUGACAACAACAACAACAACAAGCUGGUGAAGUUGCUACCCAACAGGAACAACCAUGACAACAACAAUAAGCUGAAGUUGCUACCCAACAGGAACAACCAUGACAACAACAAUAAGCUGAAGUUGCUACCCAACAGGAACAACCAUGACGACAACAACAAGCUGGUGAAGUUGCUACCCAACAGGAACAACCAUGACAACAACAACAAGCUGGUGAAGUUGCUACCCAACAGGAACAACCAUGACAACAACAACAACAAGCUGGUGAAGUUGCUACCCAACAGGAACAACCAUGACAACAACAACAAGCUGAUGAAGUUGCUACCCAACAGGAAACCCCAUGACAAGAACAACAAGCUGGUGAAGUUGCUACCCAACAGGAACAACCAAUAUGUUUAAGUUAUAUAGUCUAACAAGUGUUAAUGUCACCACCAUGGAUGUUUAAGUUAUAUAGUCUACCAAGUGUUAAUGUCACCACCAUGGAUGUUUAAGUUAUAUAUUCUACCAAGUGUUAAUGUCACCACCAUGGAUGUAGAAGUUAUAUAGUCUACCAAGUGUUAAUGUCUCCACCAUGGAUGUUUAAGUUAUAUAUUCUAACAAGUGUUAAUAUCACCACCAUGGAUGUUUAAGUUAUAUAUUCUACCAAGUGUUAAUGUCACCACCAUGGAUGUUUAAGUUAUAUAGUCUACCAAGUGUUAAUGUCACCACCAUGGAUGUUUAAGUUAUAUAUUCUACCAAGUGUUAAUGUCACCACCAUGGAUGUUUAAGUUAUAUAUUCUACCAAGUGUUAAUUUCUAUCCUACUGUGAUACUUGUGAGUUGAUGUGAUGUUCUGAUGAUUUCUAACAGAUACACCUUGAUGUUAUUUUGUCCUUUUCUUAUUCUACUUGAAUAAUCUCAAUACUUGAA